AUUUAAAACAUGCAGCAAAUGCAAAGCCGCCAAUUUCAAUAUGAACAAGAGAGAAAUGAGCUAAUGAAUCGGAAGGAACUUAUAUUACAAAGACUCGAGAAGGAAAGAGAAUUAAGGCGGCAACAUAUCAGGGAGGGAACAAUUGAGCAAUUCCAACUAGAAGACUUUAGCGAUAACAACUACAGCGGCAACUAUGAAAGUUACCGUAGUGAUGAAUACCAAAACCAACAAAUUUCUGAAAUGAAGGAUCCAUCACAAAUUUUGCUCCUUGAACCUGAUGACUACCAUGAAAAUGAAAUGUAUGAGGAGUACCAACCUGAAUAUGGCCACCAAAUUCCUAAUAUUAAUAACGAGGCAAUGAUGCAAGGAUAUAACCCUGGGCAACCAAUGAUACAUUCUUAUAAACAGGCUCAACCAAUGAUGCAGCAAUAUAAUCAUGAACAGCCAAUAAUGCAGCAUCAUAACCAGGAAGAGCCAAUGAUAUAUUCCUACAAUGACCCAAUUAACGAGGAAGAGUAUAAUGAAUUUGGCUUUAAUCCUGAAAAUCUCUAUGAUCCUAAUACAAUGAGUGAGUUGCACCAUUCAGAUCGAAAUAAAGAGAACGAGACUAACUUGACAAAUAACCCAAAGAAGAAAUCCACUAAAUAGAAGAAAUCCAAAGCAUAAUUUCAAGCCUCAGAAAUGAACUAGAAAGAGCUGUCAGGAAACGAAGAUCCCUAAGCCAAGGGCUGUUUCUAGAAAUCUUAUUGACAAGCCCUCUACUCUAAUGAACCCUACUAUCUCCAGUGAGAUUGCUACAAAGGAGAAGGAGAAACUUAGAAAUGAAGCAAAGAUGAUUCUUAAAGAGGCUGAGCAGCAAGCCAUGGAUCAGUGCUCGUUCAAACCUGAUAUUAAAGUCAACGAAUCCUUUGAGAAAGAUCUCACUCAAGAAGAGAGGUGGAGAAGACUUCUUGAACCAAAAACUACCAAGAUCCAACAAUAUGAGAAAGCUAAAAUUGAAAAAGAAAGGAAGAAAGUUGAGGAAACCUGUAGCUUCCGGCCCAAUAUUCAAAAACCUCCGGUCGCUAAAAGAAAACCGGCAGAUUUCGUGGACAGACUUCAUUCUGAAGCUAAUAGGAGACAGGAAAAACGUGAAAAACUUAAAAGAAAACUUGAAGAAGAACGCAUGAGGGAUUGCUCCUUUAAGCCUAAAAUUGAAAACCCCAACAGAGUUGGGACUUGAAGGUCCUUCAGCCACAGGCCUAUUUAUGAAAGAGUUGAUGAAAUCCAAAAGAAUAAAAAUGAUUACUUGACCAAACUUAAAGUUGAGACCGAAAUGAACAAUGACCAUAUCAAUUUUCAACCGAAAGUUAACAAACAAUCUGAGAAAAUUCUUGAAAAGAAAGCAAAAAUGGGUCAAAAUAUGAAGAACCAUAGCGUUGUGAAGAGGCUCACUGAAGAUGCAGCCAUAAGAAUCGAGAAGGAGCAGAAGAAAAGGGAGGAAAUAAAUUAUGAAAUCUCUGCUCAAUACCCAUUUAAACCUCAACUUUCAACCUACUCGACUCCAAGUCUUGAGAACAAGAACUUUCAUGAACGGCAACAGGAAUUUUUACAUAAAAAGCAUGAAAGACAGGAGUUUCACCGAAACAAUGAAGGAAGAGAUUUUACUUUUAAGCCUCAGAUUAACUCUACAAGUGCUGUUAUUGUUGAAGCAGACCCUGACAGAUGAACUGAAACCAGAGAACAGAAAUAUGGAAGGCUUUAUAAAACAGAUUUUCAAAAAGCUGAGACUACCCGGCAGACAAUAGAGCAAGAGCUUUAUGGAAAAUAUGACUUCAAGCCACAAAUAUGUCCCCUUUCCAGAGUAAUGGCUGCUCAGAGGGAGUCUGGGAAUCUUCUUGAGUACACUCAGAAUACUAAAUCUACUCUUGGACAUUCUGUACAUCAAGAGAUUGAUAGCAAGAGCAGAAAAGAAUGCACAUUUAAGCCUAAAAUUAAUCGGAAUUAUACUAACGUAAAGUCAGCAUAUGUGAACAAGUCAGAAAUGAAAGCCAAGCUUCAGGAAAAAGCUAUGGAGAGGAGGCAGAAGGAAGAACAAAAGAGAAUGGACCGUGAAUACGAAGAACUUAGAGACUGCACCUUUAAGCCAACUAUUAACACUGGAAUACCUGAAGCACAUAACGAAAUAGUUGUUGUCAGAGGCCUCUCUAGGCACAUGGAGUUACAAGAACUCAAGCAGAAGAAGGAUCAUGAUCGCUUACAGAGAGAAAUAGAGGUGUUUGGGCUUGGUCAUAAAUUCUCUCCAUAUAUUGAGCAGACAGAUAUCUCAUACAUCCCAGAACCUGAUGAAAAUUAAUAACUUUCAAUAAUUUGACAGUAAAA